UCUUGUACCACCAUUAACUCUCCGAGCGUCAUCAUUGUUUCAAGUGUCUUUAAACUUUUCUAUUAUAAAACAAUUAUACUUUGAUUACCUAGUGUUUUGUAUCGAAAUACUUGCGAAGUUCGUUAUUUAUUAAUUAAAAUAGGUAGUGGCUCACAACUUUUGGUGUUAGAAUGGAUUCCCAACAGUUCCGAGAGUUCGGCAAAGCCGCUAUUGAUACAGUGGCUGACUAUAUGGACAGUAUAAGGAAUAGAAAUGUCCUAUCGUCAGUAGAACCAGGAUUUUUACUUAAAGCUCUUCCAGAAGAUGCACCAGAACAGCCCGAAGAUUGGAAAGAUGUACUUAAGGACUUCAAUGAGACUAUUCUAAGUGGUGUAACACACUGGCAUUCUCCACGAUUUCACGCCUUCUACCCUACUGGUUCAUCAUAUGCAAGUAUAGUGGGCAACAUACUUUGCGAAGGUUUGGGUGUCAUGGGAUUUAGCUGGAUGUCAAGUCCUGUGUGCACCGAGUUAGAAGUAGUGACACUAAAUUGGCUCGGAAAAUUGCUGGGACUACCUGAAGAGUUUCUUAACUGUUCAUCAGGUUCUGGAGGAGGCGUCAUUCAGGGCUCUGCAAGCGAAGCAACCUUAGUAGGACUACUUGCUGCAAAAGAAAAAACAGUUCGAAGACUAUUGAAGGUCAAUCCUAGUAUGGAUGAAGGUGAAAUUAAAUCUAGGCUUGUGGCCUAUACAUCAGACCAAUGCAAUUCUUCAGUUGAAAAAGCUGGAUUACUAGGCUCAAUGCAAAUGAAAUUGCUAAAAGCAGACGCUGAUGGCAGAUUAAGAGGAGAAACAUUAAAAAAAGCUUUUGAUGAAGAUCGCGCUCAAGGUCUAAUACCUUGCUACGUGGUUGCAAAUCUGGGUACUACUGGAACAUGCGCUUUCGAUCCUUUGUAUGAACUUGGACCAAUAUGUAAUGAACAAAAUGUAUGGCUUCAUGUAGAUGCUGCAUAUGCUGGUACUGCUUUUAUUUGCCCAGAAUACAGACAUCUGAUGAAAGGUGUCGAAUUUGCAGACUCCUUUGAUCUGAAUCCUCACAAGUGGAUGCUUGUGAAUUUUGAUCUUUCUGCGAUGUGGGUAAAAGAUGCGUACGAUUUAAUAAACACAUUUGAUGUUCAACGUAUAUACUUGGCGGAUAUAAAAACAGAUACAAAAAUCCCUGACUAUAGACAUUGGCAAAUUCCGUUAGGUCGUAGAUUCAGAUCUUUAAAAUUAUGGACUGUAAUGAGAAUAUAUGGUGCGGAGGGUCUUAGAGAACAUAUUCGAGUACAAAUUAGCCUUGCUCAACAUUUCGCAAAAUUAGUACGAUCUGAUGAUAGAUUUUUAGUAGAACCCGAACCUUCGAUGGGUUUAGUGUGUUUUAGAUUAAAAGAGGGUGAUAAUGUCACAAAAAGAUUAUUGAAAAAUUUGACAGAGAAGAAAGAGAUAUAUAUGGUAGCUGCUACAUAUCGAGGCAGAUAUAUAAUUCGUUUUGUAAUUUGUUCGCGUCUGACAAAUAUAGAUGAUGUAAACUACAGUUGGAAUAAAAUUAAAGAAGAAGCUAAUCUCAUAUGUUCUCAAAACAUACAUGUCAAAGCCAACACGCCUGCUCUAAAUCACAUAGAGUCUGUAAAUAUCUAUGAAAAGUCUAAAUAAACUAACCAGUAUAUUAUAGGUACGUAAGUAUUUACCUAUAUACUUACCUAAGUAGAUGUUACACAUAUAAAUAGUGAUUUUAGAAUACAUACAAUCAAAUAACAAUCAAUCCAUAGUGAACUAUUUUUUAUAAGACAUAUUCUUUAGUUACUAUCAUACAUUUAGGUACAGCAACUGUAACAUGAGAAAGGCGGAAUUAAUAAGUACGGUGCAUAGGUAGCAAGUAUCUCAAGGUUUACGAGAACAUAAUGGACAAUUACAAAAAAAAAGUGGAGUUAAUUUAAAGUAUUAUAAAAUGAAAGAUAAAAAAUAAGUCAUAUAAAUAUAAGCACUAAAUUGUUUAAAAGUAAUAAGCAUAAUAAAUACUUAAGUGAAUGAAA